CGCUUGGUAUAAGAGUGAUUUCCAUCUCUUUAUUUCCUCCCAAAUCUGUUUCUUCGCUUAUGGUUCUAAAUUUGCCUCUCAGCUCUUCAGUUUCACAGCGUGCGUUCCUUUCCAACCAAAUACACCACAUAAUGCACAGCGAGAUCAUCUUCCAAGCUGCAGCUACUUGUGUACAACCUUUUAGACCCUUCCAACAAGCAAGCAAGUCCACCACCUUUGCCGGCAUAACCCAUGGAGAAUGGCAUGAUCGUUCCAAGGCUGUGGAUAUAUUAGUAAAGGAUUUGAUAGUUUUUGCCACAUUUAAUGAAGAGCUUUUCAAGGAAAUCACUCAGCUCUUGACAUUGGAGAAUUUCAGGGAAGAGUGGUUGAAAGCGAUUUGAGGAGGAAAGUUUGGUGAAAAGGGGAUGGAAAAGAAAAGGUUAGGUGGGGGAUGGAUAUUGAUGAGAAAGAGACGGAAGAGGAAAGGUUUGGUGGGGGAUGGAGAAGGCGAGACUACAAAGAGUAGAGAGAAACUCAUCUUCACAGAGAGAGCGGGCUUUUUAAUAACUCCAACUUGUUAUAACGGUUGAAUUUUCUUCUAGUAUGUUAGAUUAAUUGAUUACGAGCUUUUAACUCAUGUUGGGAUGACGUGGACAGAAUUUCAGGAAUUUACGAUCACCAGAAAAAAUAAAUAA